AUGACGAUCGAAGGUAACAAGGACGAGGCAGAGAAAUGUAUAGAGAUCGCCCAAUUGGCCUUUACAGCUGGGAAUGUUGAAAAGGCCGAGAGGUUUCUGCUAAAAGCCGAGCGUCUGUACCCAACGACUCGUGCCAAGGAACUUUUGACUCGUGUCCGUGCUACGCCUGCAUCGGGAACUGCUUCGAAGUCUACUUCCUCAUCUAGUGACAAUGACGACCUUCGGAAGAGAAAGACUCCUACUCACCAGCCUCAGCAUCGCGAGUACACCACGGAGCAGCUCGAAGCGGUGCGCAGGAUCAAGACCAAGUGCAAGGAUUACUACGAAAUCUUGGGUGUUACGAAGGAAGCUACAGAUUCUGACAUAAAGAAGGCUUACAAGAAACUCGCCUUGCAGCUUCAUCCUGACAAGAACCGAGCCCCGGGAGCAGCUGAGGCUUUUAAGGCUAUAGGCAAUGCGGCUGCUAUCCUGACGGAUCCGGAGAAGCGGAAGCAGUACGACAUCCGCGGCGACGAGCCCGCGCCCGCCACGCACACGCACCAGUACUACGCGCGCGGGUUCGAGUCCGACUUCACGGCGGAGGAGCUCUACAACAUGUUCUUUGCUGGAGCGUUCCCGCGCGGCGGCAUGGACCCGUCGCACCGGCGGCGCCGCGAGGAGCCGCGCGAGUCCCCCGCCGGCCUGGUGCAGCUGCUGCCCGUGCUCGUGCUCAUCCUGCUCUCCAUGAUGUCGGGCUUCUUCAUCAGCGAGCCGGUCUACAGCCUGCAGCACGGACCCAAGUACCCCAUACCGCGCGAGACGCACAACCUCAAGGUCCCGUACUACGUGAAGGAGAACUUCCACUCGGACUACCAGGGCUCGCUGCGGCGGCUGGAGAUGAGCAUCGAGGAGGAGUACCUGGUGGCGCUGCGGCACGCGUGCCAGCGCGAGCGCAACUACCGCGAGAGCCUGCUGUGGAAGGCGCGCAACUUCGGGGACGCGCAGCAGCACGCCGACGCGCAGCGCAUGCGCACGCCCAGCUGCGAGAAGCUGCAGCAGUACCAGCGGUAGGCGCCGCUUCCGAUAACUAUACUUUACUCUGUUGUUGAAUAGCCUAAACGAUUGUUGGGAACAUGUGAUAAAGACUAAGAUGUAAUUAACUAACAUUAUAGAGUGAGCCCUCACAGUUUCACGCGACCCAGGCGCUAGAUGGCGCCACGUGUGUGUGUCAACUACUUACCUCUAUCGAUAGAUGUCGCUGUAAUGAUAAUACAAAUUUGUUAUUUCGGUGGCGGUAUCUGUGUGUUGUCCGUGAAAGAUUUCUUACGCACUUGAGACCUUAGAACUUAAUCUCAAGGUGGGUAGCGCAUUUACGUUGUAGAUGUCUAUGGGCUUCAGUAACCACUUCACACCAGGUGGACUAUGAGCUCGUCCACCCAUUUAAGCAAUUAAAAAAAAACUUGAACCCUAUUUCACCGACUGAACCGGCGAGUUGGGUCCCUCCGGCGUCCCAGCGGCGGUAACUCUCAACCGGUGUGAAGGCUUAUGGAAGCUAAUAGUAGGAAGCUUGAGGCCACAACCGCCUCAGUAGAGUAUAUGGAACGCUGGAAACACCAGCCUGUCGUAAUGUCUCACGCAUGCACUUUGCACUUUGUCGAUGUCCACGGGCGACAUAAAUGCCUAUAAUCAGGGCAUGUCCAAAGACAUUUAUCCUGCAUUUUCCUUUUUCUUUUUCUUUUUGUUUUAAUUGUAUAAAAUUGUAAAAGAUAAAUCUAUUUAAGGUAAAUGUAUUAUGGAAUGUUACAUAUUUAUUUGAUUUUAUAAUAUUGUUGACUUUUAGGGAGAAUGUAAAGAAAAUCACAUAAAAUUAAAUGUUAUAAAUAAAUAA